AUGCUCACCGCUGCCACCAUCCGAACGGCUGUUCGAGCCUCGCAGGCCCCUCUCCUGGGCGCUAUGUCGCUACCUGCCGUGCGUCAGUUCAAGAGUACUUGGGCUCACGUCAAGGCUGGACCUCCUGACCCGAUUCUCGGUGUUACCGAGGCGUUCAAGCGCGACCAGGACCCUCGCAAGAUCAACCUCGGUGUUGGUGCCUACCGUGACGAGAACGGAAAGCCUUAUGUGCUCCCCUCGGUGCGUCAGGCCGAGGAGCUCGUCAUCACCGCUAAGGGUGACAAGGAGUACCUGCCCAUCACUGGUCUCGCCGACUUUACCAAGAACGCCGCCGUUCUCGCCUACGGCAAGGACAGCGCGCCCAUCAAGGAGAACCGCAUUGCUAUCACCCAGUCGAUCUCGGGAACCGGUGCUCUUCGCAUCGGUGGUGCUUUCCUGCAGCGACACUACCCCGAGGCCAAGACCAUCUACCUGCCCACACCUUCGUGGGGUAACCACACACCUAUCUUCCGUGACAGCGGUCUUGAGGUGAAACAGUACCGCUACUACGACAAGAAGACGGUGGGUCUCGACUUCAAGGGCAUGAUUGAGGACAUCAAGGCGGCACCUGCCGGUUCGAUUGUCCUGCUGCAUGCGUGCGCGCACAACCCCACCGGUGUCGACCCCACCGUCGAGCAGUGGAAAGAAAUCAGCAACGUGGUCAAGGAGAAGGGUCACUUCCCCUUCUUCGACAUGGCCUACCAGGGCUUUGCCAGUGGUGACACGGACAAGGACGCCUUUGCGGUGCGCCACUUUGUCGCCGAGGGCCACCAGAUCUGCCUCUCGCAGUCGUUCGCCAAGAACAUGGGUCUGUAUGGUGAGCGUGUCGGCGCGUUUUCGAUCGUCUGCGCUGACCCUGACGAGCGUGCUCGUGUCGACAGCCAGAUCAAGAUCAUCGUUCGGCCCAUGUACUCGAACCCACCUAUGCACGGUGCCAAGAUCGCCGGUACCAUCCUGGCCGACCAACAGCUGUACCAGCAAUGGCUCGGUGAGGUGAAGGGCAUGGCCGACCGCAUCAACGGCAUGCGAUCCACACUCAAGGACCUGCUCGUGCAGGACUUUAACUCGAAGCUCAACUGGGAUCACAUCACCAACCAGAUCGGCAUGUUUGCCUUCCUCGGCAUCUCGCCCGAGCAGGUGGCCAAGCUAGUCAACGAGCACCACGUCUACCUUACUGGAGACGGCCGUAUUUCGGUCGCUGGUAUCACCGACCACAACGUCAAGCACCUCGCCGAGUCGCUGCACAAGGUCACCAGCUAA